GCUACUCGACGUCCUUCCACUCUGCACUCAGCCUGAAAUCUUACCGACGUCCCCCUCACUUUCAUUUCUAGAUAUUUAAGCGCUGGGACGACUCUAUCAUUCAUUUCUACCUGUCAAUGCCUAGUUGCGCACUUGUCUAGCCCUGUCUUACGCUCCUAGGGAGGGGGCCACUGUAGCGAUCCAGUCGUUAUCAGCACUUCAAAAUGGGCCGACACAGCGCGGAAGCCGAAUCUAGCGGCAUGGCAAUGGCAUCUCAUGUUGCUUCUCGUCAUUCGGAUUCGCCUGAGCGGACCAAUUCUUUGGAUGGGCUUGUUCCCGAGACGCCAACCCGCCUUAAACAGCCCAACGACGACAACGACUCGGGGUCGGAACAGGAGCGGCUGCUUGAGCAAGAUCUAGACGAUUACGAGCUCGACGACCUGGACCCAAUCAACGGCAAUGCAAAAAAGUACAAUGAGGACGACGACUCGCCGUAUCCCGAAGUGCGCGCCGCCGUGCGCAACUACGACGAGGAUGUGCCCUGUGGGACAGUCCGCGCAUGGACAAUUGGUCUUGGGCUCGUCGUCAUUGGAGCAUCCAUGAACACGCUCUUUUCGCUACGCCAGCCAACCAUCUCCGUUACAUCGCUGCUUGCCCAGGUUAUUGCGUAUCCCCUGGGUCACGCCUGGGCGGCUGUUGUGCCGUCACGGACCUUCACCACGUUUGGGCGCACCUGGAGCCUCAACCCAGGGCCGUUCAAUAUCAAGGAACACUCCAUUAUUGUUGUCAUGGCCGGUGUGUCCUUUUCAGUUGCUUACUCCACCGAUAUCAUCCUUGCGCAGAUGAUCUUUUACCGUCAAAACUUUGGCAUCGUCUUCCAGAUCCUGCUGACCAUUUGCACCCAAUCGCUGGGCUACGGCAUGGCUGGCGUCAUGCGCAAGUUCCUCGUGUACCCUGCUUCCAUGAUCUGGCCAACCAACUUGGUCAAUGUCAGCUUGAUGAAUGCAAUGCACGAUAGGCACGAUAAGCCAGAUCCAAGAGUCUUUGGAGGUGGCAUGUCGCGGUACAGGUGGUUUACACUGGUGUCUGCUGUGUCCUUCUUCUACUUCUUCCUUCCUGGUUAUCUCGCCAAGUGCCUUAGUUUGUUUGCGCCUCUUACUUGGCUGGCACCUCAAAAUGUCGUUGUAAACCAGCUAUUUGGCGAAAACUCGGGAAUGUCCAUGCUCCCGAUCACGUUUGACUGGUCCCAGGUUGCUGGGUACAUUGGCUCGCCAAUGAUGACUCCAUGGGUUGCCAUUGCCAACACGCUCAUCGGCGUCAUCUUCUUCUUCAUCUUCUUCGUUUCCGUGCUGCACUACUCGGGCGUCUGGUACGCUCCGUAUUUGCCCAUUAGCGACGCCCGCACAUUCGACAACAUGGGCUUGCCGUACAAUACGACACGAGUCCUCAACCCUGACUUCACAUUAAACGUUACAGAAUACAAAAAUUAUUCGCCGUUAUUCAUCAGCACCACAUUCGCGCUGACAUACGGCUUGUCGUUUGCCGCCAUCACGUCACUUAUCGUAUACACUUACAUCCACAGCGGCAAGACCAUUUGGAAACAAUACAGAAACAGUGGGCAUGAGAAGCCUGAUAUUCACAUGCGGCUGAUGAGCAAAUAUCCGGAGACCCCUACAUGGUGGUAUAGCUCACUCUUCUUCUUGAUGCUUGGUAUCAGCUUUUACACCGUCCUGGCAUACCCAACCAACAUGAGCUGGUGGACGUUUCUGCUAGCUGUGCUCAUCUCAUUUGCAUUCACCCUACCUGUUGGCAUCAUCGAGGCCAUUACGAAUGCUAGAAUCGGCCUCAACGUUCUAACAGAAUUUGUGUACGGCUACAUUGAGCCCGGCCGCCCUCUAGCCCUGAUGCUCUUCAAGACAUUUGGCUACAUCUCCAUGUCGCAAGCGUUGAGCUUUGUUGCCGAUCUCAAGUUUGGCCACUAUAUGAAGAUUCCACCACGCACGAUGUUCCUGGCACAGGUUGUAGCCACAACGCUCUCAUGCGUUAUCCAAGUCUUUGUUCUCAACUUUGCGCUCCGCAACAUUGACAAUGUCUGCGACCUGGAGCAAGUCGAUCGAUUCACAUGCCCAGGCGGUAGGGUAUUCUUCUCUGCAUCCGUCAUCUGGGGUCUUAUCGGCCCGGCGCGCAUGUUCAGCCCCGGCCAGAUCUACUUUGGGCUCUUCUCCUUCUUCAUUAUUGGCGCCAUCACCCCAAUCCUCAUCCACUGGGCUUCCAAGCGGUGGCCCAAGUCGCCAGUCAAACACCUCAUGGCGCCUCUCAUCUUUGGCGGCUCCGGCAACAUCCCGCCUGCAACGCCGCUCAACUACAUAUCCUGGUCGAUUGUCGGCUACUUCUUCCAGUACUACGUCAAACGGCGCCAUAACGCAUGGUGGACACGCCUCAACUUCAUCACAUCGUGCGGGCUCGACUUCGGCCUUGCACUCGGCACGUUUGUUCUCUUCUUUGCAUUUACCAUUCACAACAUAAAGCCGCCGCGGUGGUGGGCGAACACCGUCGUCGAGUCUACCAUGGACUACCAGGGGACGGCGAUACGCAUGCACGUAGCGGAAGGAAAGACAUUUGGUCCUACAUCAUGGUGAUUUCUGUUCCAUCUUUUCUUUUUCUUUUUGUAAAUUACAUUUUGUUAUCAUAGCGUUUCUCUACCCCCAAUCGACGUCUGUACAUAUCUUGCCG